AUAAACAUAACCUUAUAAAAACAUGUCUUGGUGGGGUCAAAGUCCUUUUGAUGAAGUUGUUGAAAAAGCAACUUCUGAAUUAUUACCUGGAGGUCAAGAAGACCUUGUCUUAAAUUUAGAUAUUAGCGACCAAAUCCGUAGCAAAAAAAUCAAUGCCAAGGAUGCCAUGCAUUCAUUCAAACGUCGCUUAGCACACAAAAACCCCAAUGUUCAAUUAGCCACACUUUCUCUUGUAGACACUUGUGUUAAAAACGGUGGUGAUAUAUUUGUUAGAGAAAUUGCAUCGAGAGAGUUCAUGGAUGAGCUCGUUUCCAUCUUGAAGUCACCUAAUGGAUGCAAUCCUGAUGUAAAGAACAAACUCACUUCGGUUAUUCAAACAUGGGGUUUAGCCAGUAAAAACAAGCCCGUUAUUAGUUACAUGUACGAUACCUAUAGUCUACUCAAAGCCGAAGGAAUCCCAUUUCCUCCUGUCAAUGAAAAUAUCGAUGGUAUCUUGUUAGAAACUUCAGCUGCUCCUGAAUGGUCUGAUUCAGAUGUAUGUGAUAGAUGUCGUACAGCCUUCACUUUAACCAACCGAAAACAUCAUUGUCGUAAAUGUGGAGGUACAUUUUGUAAUAUAUGUUCAGCAAAGACUGUACCUUUACCUCAACUGGGCAUUCAUGAACCGGUACGAGUAUGUGAUGGUUGUUACAUCAAGUUAAAAUUGGAAAAAGUAUCAGGUACCACUCCUCCUGUCCCCCUUCCCAAAACUACGACAUCUACUACCACCGCCACCGCCGCCAGCAGUAACUCAGUUGCUACUUCUGCUGCCGCAGGGUCUGGAGAAGAAUUUGACGAUGAUAUCAAAAAAGCAAUCGAACUUUCAUUAAAGGAAGCGGAGCAACAAAAAACCGGGUAUAGUAAUGGUUAUGUGGCACCUCAACCCAAGACAGUUGCCCCCAUCCCUGCUGCUGCUGCUGCGGCUACGGUGGAAGAGGAUGAUGCGGAUUUAGCUGCAGCCAUUGAAGCUUCUUUACGAGACAUUGAAAUAUCCAAACAUGGAGAUCAUGCCCGACCUCCCAUUGCUUCUGCUGCUGUCAACAAGAAUGAAUUAACACCUGUUGAAAUGGAAAAUAUCUUGUUAUUCUCGACAUUGAUGGAUCGUGUCUAUGCUUCGGGUGGGGAUAUCUCCAAUGAUAGACAGAUCAAUCAAUUGUACACACAAAUCGGUUCUUUGCAACCUAAAUUAGUUGCUAACUUGGAUGAAAUUAUUCGUAAACGUAACACAUUUAUUGAAAUGCAUGAGAAAUUGAAUAUGGCAGUGAAAGCCUAUGAUCGUCUCUUGGAAGAAAGAAUCUCGAGUGUAAAUAGUAGUGCUUAUAUACCUGAACAACAGUAUCAACAACAACCCUUGUAUCAUCAACCUCAACAUACCAUGUAUCCACCUCCCCCUACUGCUGUUGGUGGUACCGUUCAUACGAAUCCCACUGGCAGUAGUGGUGGAGAUCAUUACUAUCAGACAAGUGCUCCACCUCAAGAUCCUUAUUACCCUCCUCCCAAUGACCCUUAUUAUGCUGCUAAUAAUCAAGAUAUGAGCCAUUACUACUCGGCUCCACCUCAUUACCAACAACCUCCACAAGAACAACAACAACAAUAUCAACACCAACCACAACAACAGCAGCAACAUCAACAACAACAACAACAACAACAACAACA